GUCUUCCCUUCGGUUUGUCUUGAGAUCGAAGAAAACUCGCCGAGCUCUAUUUCUACACUAGGAAGCUAAAGAACCUCACGCAGAUCACAGAGGCAGAGCCAAGGCUAAACAAUGAGCAGCAUUGGAACAGGUUACGAUCUCUCAGUCACCACUUUCUCUCCUGAUGGUCGCGUUUUCCAAAUCGAAUACGCUGCCAAAGCCGUCGACAAUAGCGGUACUGUUAUCGGAAUCAAGUGCCGGGACGGGAUUGUUAUGGGUGUGGAGAAGCUCAUUGCAUCUAAGAUGAUGUUGCCGGGUUCCAAUAGGAGAAUUCACUCUGUUCAUCGUCAUUCUGGCAUGGCUGUUGCUGGUUUAGCAGCUGAUGGGAGACAAAUCGUUGCACGAGCUAAGUCUGAGGCAACAAAUUAUGAAAGUGUAUAUGGUGAAGCCAUUCCUGUGAAGGAACUUGCUGAACGCGUUGCUAGUUAUGUGCAUUUGUGCACUCUCUACUGGUGGCUUAGACCAUUUGGUUGCGGGGUAAUUCUUGGCGGUUAUGACAGAGAUGGACCACAAUUAUACAUGAUUGAGCCAUCUGGAAUAUCAUAUAGAUAUUUUGGUGCUGCUAUUGGGAAGGGAAAGCAAGCAGCUAAAACAGAAAUUGAAAAGUUGAAGCUUUCUGAAAUGACAUGCCGAGAAGGGGUAAUUGAAGUAGCCAAAAUCAUUUACAAGGUGCAUGAUGAAGCAAAGGACAAGGCCUUUGAAUUGGAAAUGAGCUGGGUUUGUGAUGAAUCAAAGAGACUGCAUCAGAAGGUUCCUGAUGAACUCUUAGAGGAAGCCAAGUCUGCUGCCAGGACUGCACUAGAAGAAAUGGAUGCCGAUUAAAGCUAAAUGUCACAUUUCUCCCUGAAUUUCCGUUGUUAGAAACUGAGUGGGUUGGGUUUAUAUUUGGUGAACUCCAUGUACAAGUAAUGUCUGCAAUUCUUUUCUGCCCUUGUUCUUGUAUGGUUAACAUGCGCUUGAUUUGAGCAGGCUUUUUUAAAUAUCUGUAGGCACAAUCAAUGAAAUUAUUUUCGAUACUACUGAUAUUUUUGCUUUAGAAAUGCAGUGAACAUAUUUAUUUCCCCUUUA